AUGAAAAAAAAUGCCAGAAAGGAAUUAUCACAAGAAAAAAAAGAACGCCGCUGUACUGGUGGAGGGCCACCACCACCCAAACCUUCCGAUACCAGUGAAUGGCUGUGCAGCAUAAUGGGUGAAUCAAUAGUGGGUCUUCCAUCCACACAUGAUUCAGAUUUCAUUUUUGAUAAUAAUACUCCACAGUUGAAUGGUGAAGCAGCUCAACCAAGUGUUGCUCUUUCAAAUAUUGAGGAGGAAAUGUCUAUGGUGUCGUAUACAGAUGGACACAAUGACGGAGUUAUCCAUGAUGUUGCUCAUAUUGUGCCAAUUCAUGAUGUUCAAGAAAAUGAAGAGACUCGGGAGACUGUGAAAUUUGACACGAGCACACCACAUACAAUGCUGCGAAAACCUCUUUCUAAACCAUUAGGUCCUGUGAUUACAUUUCAAGAUACAACAUUUCGCAGAGCUAUUCCAGCAGAAGAAAGGUUAACGGUAACUUUGAGGUAUUUAGCAACUGGUGCAAGUUGCUUUGAAUAUCUAAUUGGAGCCACAACGCUUCGUAAUAUUGUAAAUUCAACGUGCCAAUCUAUAUGGGAAGCUAAAGCCAAUCUAGAUAGUUUCAGGACAUAA